CCGCUAAAUUUAAUCCGGAAGUAAACAAACGUUCACUUUCCAUCCUAACGAUGGAUUAAUCUUACUUCCGCAUCAAAACUUUGAUUCUCUGUGGCUGUGUAGUUUUAUGUUAUGUCUGUUACUUUGUGUUAUUAUACAACCUAUUUUAGUAUCCAUGAUUAUUUUAACUAUUUAUUCCAAAUUUACGUUGAAUAUUAGAUACACAAUCUAGUAUUAUUCAAGAUCAUGGCUGGAAAUGCAAUUCCUCCUCGCACCAGAUCGCGGACGUCCAGUUCGUCGUUUAAAGAAAGAUCGCCGUUGGAAACACUGCAACACAUGGGCUUUCCACGAAACAGGGCGGAAAAGGCUGUUGCUGUCACUGGUAACAGAGGGGUUCAGAUAGCUUCUGAUUGGCUUCUAUCCCAUGUGAAUGACCCUAAACUGGAUGACCCUGAGCCACAGGAAUUCAUCAUUUACCUUUGUCCAGUUGGCGAGUUCCUGGUCAACUUACUGGAAUACUGGGAUCACACACUGCAGCUAUGUGGCUGGAAUUCAGCACACAUAUAUCAACCACAUAUAACACUGUGCUCAUUUUUCAAGAUUCCACACAGCCGAGUGAGUGUCAUUGAUCAAGUUGUUGCCAGAAUAGCCCUUGAGCUCAAGGAAUGGCCAGCUUUAGGCUCUCUUGGUCUACAUUUGUUUACUCAAAGCCAGAAUUUUAUCGGCUACUUUGUCAAGAGCCCUUACCACGAGUUUAUUGAAAAACUUAUGAUCACAGUCCAGCAAGAAUUUUUAAAAGCAGGUAUUGAGAUGAAGCCCCAGAUGAAACAACUUCACAUGACCCUCGCCUUCCAGUACGAAGCUUCCAGCCAUGAUCUUUUGAUGAAACUAGCUGAAGAAAUCAAAAUCCCCAGCCUGACUCACUGGCAGAUCAAAGUAUUCUCACGAAACUCAGAACUUAAAUUAGCUGAAGUCAGGAGGGUCAUCAAGAUGUACAAGCCACAGCAGGAAGACGAGCUGGAGCUAGUGGACGAGGACUGCGUGUACAUGGAGCCUGAGGAGCACGAGCGCAGCCCUGACGGAUGGUUCAAGGGGACCAGCUGGAGGACAGGGGUCUCAGGGUUCUUCCCUGGGAACUUCACCAUCAAGUGCUCUCAGAUGGACACUUGGGCCCUGCACAGGGAAGUCUCAUUGCCAAAUUUUUCUCCAUCCAAUGUAAAUGUGAACGUGGCGGAGAGAGCCAUAGAAUCACGGAUGCUGAUGGAUAUUGGUGAUUACGACAACCUGUGGGCAGCAAGUGUCAACGGGAACACAGCUGAUGAGGAACUUUAUGCCAAGGUCACGAAGAAACCACAGAAACUCCGACCUGCGGAACCAAGGAAGCUGUUUGUAGUCAGGCAUGCUGAGAGAUGUGACUUUGCGUUUUCAAAGAGCUGGUUUGAGAAAUGUUUUGAUGAAACUGGUAAAUAUUUCAGAUUUAAUCUGAACUGUCCAAAGACUAUGGUACAACGAAACAACUAUAAAGAUUUCAUCAGAGAUUGUCCGCUGACAGUAAUAGGCAGAGAACAAGCUAAAGUUACAGGUGAGGCCUUACGUGAAGCCGGGGAAUCUAUUUCCUACAUUUAUUGCUCGCCCUCGCUGAGGUGUGUCGAGACAGCAACUGAGCUCAUGUCAGCGUAUGGCUCGCCAUUGAAGAUGUGCGUAGAGCCGUGCCUGUUUGAGUGGCUGGGCUGGCACAAGCCCCUCCUGCCAACUUUCAUGUCCUAUGAUGAACUGGAGAGGUGUGGCUUCCCUAUAGACACAUCCUACAUUCCGCUCAUCUCCUUUGAUAGCAUUCCCAUGUCUGAAAGUGUUGGGGAUUAUUACAGGCGCUCCUACAACUUUACUCAACAUGUGCUAAAGAAACACAAAGCUGGAGGAGGGAACAUACUGAUAGUUGCCCACUCUGGUUCAUUGGAUGCCUGCACAAGGCAGCUACAAGGAAAAGCUGUGCGCAAUCCAGAACAGUUCCGCAACAUAGUACGAGGGUGCCCGUAUUGUUGUGUGUGUAUGGCAGUGGAAGAUGUUAUGAACUGUAGGUGGAAUCUGGUGGAGCCGUCUAUAGCCCAGUUUAGCCACGGAGCUAACAAAGACUUCAAGUGGGACACACUUUUAACAACAUAGAUCAAAUGGGACAGAAUUGUUACAACAUAGAUCAAAUUUGACACAAUUGUUACAACAUAGACCAUGUUUUGUUACCUCUUGUUGCUGUGUCAUGAGAACUGUGAUGUUGGACAGCAUAUACCCAGAACAGAGCGUGGAAAUUAUUUUCAAAAUAUUUAAAAUAUGAAACAUUAAUGUUACUCGACAGCUUUUUGUUGUAUUUGCUGCUGCUUCAGUAUUACCAUUCAUUUUACUUGAUAGAUGUUACCAUCUCUAGUUUCUGAAUUUACCAUCAUUGGUUGUAGAUGUUACCAUCUCUAGUUUCUGAAUUUACCAUCAUUGGUUGUAGAUGUUACCAUCUCUAGUUUCUGAAUUUACCAUCAUUGGUUGUAGAUGUUACCAUCUCUAGUUUCUGUUUUAAUCAUCAUUUGUUUCUUGAAAUGACAAAUCUGUGGGUGUUUACAAACAUCAGUUUUUCAUACAUUUUUUGAAACUGUCAAAACUUCUUUAAAACUAGUUAGUUUAAGUGUAAUGUAAAAAUUACAUGAAUAUAUUUCUCUGACUUUCUUAUGUUUUGUAAUGAAUAUAUAAAAAUCAGAUUGUUUCGCUUGCUUUCGUAAUUCAUAUUUUAUCUGUUUUGUACAGCAAAUUGUUAUUGAACUGUUAUAAUUAUAUAAACACCAAAUUUCUAUGACUGUGCUAUCCUUAAUUUAUUAGAGCUUAGUAUUUGUUUAGACAGAGCUUAAUGAGAAGAUGGCUGUACUGUUGGUUGUUUUCCUCAGCUCUGAAGUAAUAACCCAUAGCUCAUCAAAUGAUAUAAAAACAUCACUAUUUUAAAAUGACAUCUCUAGUCUUAUACAUGUGUUAAAUAUAUACCUAGGACUGUCUGUCAUUGGUAUAACGGUGAUAUAAUUUGACAAAUAGCCUAGUUAAAUUUUAGUAGUUUCACUAAACAUAUUUUGUGUGCGGUGUUUUAUCCUAACAGUUGUUGUGUUGAAUUUUUUAGUAAGUUCUUAACUAUAAUUGUACCAUCUUCUGUUACCUUACAACAAAUUUUACCAAUGAAUUGUAAGUACUUGAAAAUUAUUAAUACCAUGAAAUUGUAAUAUUAAAAACAAUGUUAUUUAAAAAGGAAAUUUUUAUAUUUAUUUAUUUUUACCAUUCAACUAAAAAUGUUUUUUAUGAUUUUAAGUAUUGAAUUUUUUUUUUUUCAAAUGUUAAUUUAAAAAUUACAAAUUUAUUUUUUUCCAAUACUUUCUGAGAUUGAUUGUUAUGAGACAUGUAAUUUCAGGCUAGAACUUGUUUGUUACUGAUAGAAUCUAGAUCUUUCAGUGAUGUUGAGGCUGGCUAUUCAUAAUAGGACAGUUUUGUUGACAGUACUGUAAAACUGUGAUUUUGUUGCUUUCACCAAUUACUGUUUAUUUUAUUGCCAUGUUUUAAUGCUGGCUAGAUCUGCCUUACUGUUGAGAUUAUUACUGUCUGCACAGGUGAUCUUGUUUCCAUGGAGACUAUAUUUUAACUCCGUUAAUUCAGGUCAUGUGCUUUUAAUUAGAUUUUCUUUUCAUUUAAGAAAUUGUCUUUUAAUGUUUGAUUCACAUUUAUUGUGUCAGUAGUUUAUUAAAGUAAAAUUAUUUAUACAGUCAAGUAUAAAAACUUUUCUUUAAAGUAAUCGGUCUCUUAUGCUAAAUCCCAAUGAUCAAAAAAAAAACAUUGGUCAGCCCCCACAUCCCCUCCCCUCCCAUGUCAAACCCCUGGAUCCCACUCUCUGUACCCUUGAGGUUUAGUCUCUCAACUUUUGUAUCGUUGAACACAUUUUUUUAUCUAGCCAUUUCUACCUUCCCAGCCUCCUCCACAUUAGGAUGUCUUAAAUCUCAGGUGCUGUCUUUGUUUGCUCUUUGAUGUGUUGCUGUGUUGAUGUGUUGCUGUGUUGAUGUGUUGCUGUGUUGGGCUAAUCCAACACUUGUGAUUCCUCAACUGUGUGGUGGCUUUCUUUUAGGUGGUAGUUUUGUUGGUAGUUUAAAUUUUAAUGAUAAAAACAAAAUUAUAUGUGUAUGCUUUUAUGUUGAUAAUAUUUUAUCUUGCUAAAAUGUUUCCUUAAAUAGACCUCAAACAGGGUGUUUUAUGACAUGGGUUUUUAAUUUGGCAGCACAAUCAAGUAAUUAAAAAAUCUUUAGUAAUCCCAAAAUCCUUAGUAAUCCCAAAAUCUUUAGUAAUCCCAAAAUCCUUAGUAAUCCCAAAAUCCCUAGUAAUCCCAAAAUCCCUAUUAAUCUAUUUUCUUAAGUUUAGUACGGUAAUUAUGUGACACCUGUACACUGCAAUUAUAUGCUGAGCUUUUAAAAUUAUAUGUAUAAAAAAUAAUUAUAUAAUUGUAAAUAGUUUUUUUACCAUAACACUUCAACCUGGUUUGAAAUGUUAAAUCCUGAACACAUUCUACAAAUCUGAACUCUAAGAAAAAUAAUAAUAUUUAGUUUGUGUUAUAUUAAUUUGAAGAUAAAUAUUUAGUUUGUGUUAUAUUAAUUUAUUGUUACUACAACUUCCUUGUUGCACACAUUUUUAUUUGAUAUGGAAUCAAAAUACUGUACACAAUUGUGUUCUUUCUGUGAACUCAAAUUUUAAGCAACUAUUGUGUAUGAUUUUAUUUUACCUUGUUUUAAUUAAAAAAAAAGAUGUAUGAUUUAGUAUUUAUAGAAACAGAAUAUUUUAAUUUCCUCUAUUUACAUUGUAUGAACUUUGUAGUCUUGAUUUGAAAAUGUAUUGAUUGUCCUCAACUUUCAACACAUGGCUUUAUUAGUCAACACAUGGACAGUUUAAGGAAAAAGAUUUGCCCACUUGUUGUGAUAAGUACAAAUAUAAUUUUACUUUUUCAAUUUUAAACCCUAUACUGUGAUGCAAAAAAUUAUGUUUUUUAUGUCACGAUUAGAUUUUAGUAAACAUUCCAACGUAAGAGCUUAACAUGAAUCAACUUAAGGUCAAUUUCUGAGCUUAACGAGCCUUAACUCAGAUGUAAUUAAUUUCUUCAUUCCUAUAGCUUGCAUUCAGUACAUAACCAGUCUAUGACUUAAGAUGCUGGUGUGUUGUAAGACACAAUGCUUGAAACAAUGUUACCAUUUGUAAUCCAGCACAUGACCAGUCAAUGACUUAAGAUGCUGGUGUGUUUUAAGAUGCUGGUGUGUUGUAAGACACAAUGCUUGAAACAAUGUUAUCAUUUUAAAAGAGUUUUUUUUUGUUGUUGUGUAAAUAAGUCUGGGCAGUGUGACCCCCAUGAUACUUUCAAACUCUACUUUAUCUGCCCUGAAAGGAUACUUACACCCUGUUUUACAUAUUUGAAGUCUUCUUCCUUAGGUGACAGUUUGACAAAUAAUCCCAUAAGUGUGAUUAAUGGUUAAUACAAAUAUUUAAAAAAAAUUACAUUUGAAGUCUUUUAAUGGUUGAUUAAAGUUGAAUUAACUGUCACCAUUGUGAAAUUUAGAAUGGGCAUUAUGUAUACUGACAUACUUUUAUGAAAAUAUUUUUUGGUGUCAUGUAUAACCAUUUAAAACUGUUAUUUGAAAAAAAAAUUUUUUUUAUACAUAAUGAUACUUUUGAUUGACUAUUUUUCUAUUUUAUCAAAUUUUUCUGAUUUAAAAUUUUUUAAAGUUUAAAAUGUUUGAUUAAAUUCAGCAUCAUUCUCUCACACUUGAAUGACCAACUCUGCUGUGAUUUGCUGUACCACUCCAAUUAUCAGAACUAAAUUUUAAUUUGCUCUUUUAAAAUAUUGUGAUUGAAUAAUCUCAUCCUUCUUCAAAAGUCCCAUUUAACUCCAGAAAAAACUUGACAUACCAGACAGUACAUAAUUAAAGACAAAAACUUGACAUACCAGUCAUUUAUUUCAUUUACAACUCAUGUUAGUCACUCUCCCCCCCCCCCCCCCCCCCCCCAUUGGUCAAAUACAAUGUGAUGUAUUUGUUUUGUGCCACUUUGACAUUACACAUCCUGAUUCUAAUUUUUAUUUAACUUCCUGCUUUGCUUGUUACCUUUCAUUUAUCCUCUGACUCAGUGUGAUUUUUAUCAAACAAGGGUGACCUUGUUUAAAAAAAAAUAUUACUGAGUGAAGUUUAAAAAAAAUUCUUUUCCAAAUUAAUUUAUUUAACUUUUUAAUAUAUGUAUAUAAUUUUCUUAUCUGCCUUUUUAAAUCUUUAUUUUAAUUUUAAUUAUUGAUAUAAAGUUUGUCUUUGGUUUCCAUUUAAAAUCUAACUUAAUGAAGUUUUAGUCAAUACCUUAAAACAUGUGGUUGUUUUUUUUUUGUUUUUAAAUUCAGAAUAAUUUG